AUGUUCCUUAAGUCGCAGCAAAAAGCUUGUGCAGCAAUGUGCAAGCUUAGUAGCUCGGGUGUGCACAUGAACGGUUUUGGUCUCCCUGCGGCUCCCAGAGCUUAUCUCAUUUUUAUCCGCCCCAUUCUUGAGUACGGCUUAGCUAUUGUUCCUGCUAGCCAGAGUGACAUUCAUAUCUUGCAGAAGGCUCAAAAUAUGUGUCUCCGGACAUGUAUUCGACGGCCCGAUGCAACGAUGGGAGUUGUUCAUAUCGCUGCAUUAGCUGCUCUACCCAACGUAUUCAUCCGUUCCCGUGCUCUUCAAGCCAAAUUUCUUUGUCGUGCUGAAACACUACCCUCAGACUCCCUGAUUAAAGCUCUUACCACGCAGCUGGAACUUUCCAAAGAAAAAACGACAUGGGGUGAGCUUCGUCGUAGUGUACUCUGGAAAAAGCCCCAAUUUCUGAAAGAACAUCAACCUCGGUUGAAGGACCCAUUAAAAGAAGCUUAUGCUCUACUGUGCCAAAAAUAA